AUGAAUAUUCGAACAAUAUCAGGUGAUUUAAAUGGUCGAUCUGCUAAUUCAUCAUGGUGCAUAUUUUCAGGAUAUGUCGCUGUAGUUCAUCUUUGCACAAUGUAUAUGGCAUUUGUGAAUCAGGCAUUAUAUCGUUUAAUUCGAAUUAUUUAUUUUCAAAAUCAACAUCUUCAAUCUUUGAAAUUAUAUCUUCUUCUUCCAAUGAUAGAAUAUAUAUGGGCAAUUUGUAUCAUGUGUGUUCUUAUACUUUGGAAUGGAGUUGUAUAUUUCAAUAAUGAUUAUUUUUGUUAUGUUUCAUUUGCAAGUCUACGUGCGAUUAUUUGGGGAGCAUUUUUUGCUUAUCUAUUUCCAUUUUUAUGUUCAUUGAUGAUAUAUAUACGAAUAACAAUAUUUAUUCGACAUCAUACAA